UGUCCUGAAGGUGAUUUUCAAUGUGGACAAGGAACAUGUAUUGAUUCAGCUUUACGUUGUGAUGGUUUACCAGAUUGUCAGGAUGGUUCAGACGAAGAAGGAUGUCCCUGUGGAGCUAAUGAAUUCCAAUGUAAGAGUGGUCAAUGUAUUGAAUCUAGUAAUCGUUGUAAUAGAAGAUAUGAUUGUAGAGAUGGUAGUGAUGAAACAGAUUGUCGUCGUGGCUGUUCCCAGUCAGAGUUUCAGUGUCGCAGUGGUGAAUGUAUUGAAGCUCAACGAAAGUGUGAUGGUCGUCCUGAUUGUAGGGAUCGAUCUGACGAAGUGAAUUGUCGUAAGUAA